CUGUUAAGAUUUAUGGAAGCUUUUUCUGGUAGUUUUGCGGAAGAACGACAACCUCUAGAUAGGAAGUCAACUUUUCGUGAAGCCACCCGACACGCACAAGAAAGGCUUGUCGUAGAAAACUCUUUUCAAGAACUGAGAAGCAACCUUGCAGCAUUUACUGCAAACAAUGACCUCUUGAGAAAAACCUUGAGAAAUCAGGACUCUCUCUGGAGCUUGCAACGUCUUGAAUCUAUUCAACGUCAAAAUGUCGAUUUAACUCGUUAUAUCUUGUCAGUUUACUUUUCAUUAGCUUCUAGAAUAACAUAUGGACAUGGUUAUAGAGGUUUAACGGCUGCUAAGAAAGAUUUGAACCGUGCGGUUCAAGAUUUUCGAAGUCUUUUGUUAGAACUGGCUACACAGUUGCAAGGCGAAAUCAGUGGAGAACUUGGUUGUACAAGAGAUAAAGACAAAAGGACUAUUUGCAUAGAAGAAGACAAUGACAAGUUGCUCGAUAACCAAAGUCCUAGUGCGAUAUCUUUCGAGGAGUGUAUCGGCAGUUUUCCGCCCCCCGUCGAAACUGCUUCAGAGAAUCGAAGAAAGAUUCUUCUCCAUUUUUCACAAAAUAAUGAGUCAAACUUGGCAACUGUCGAAGAAUUCUUGUUAGAACUCAACAGGAACAAUAUUAGCUUCUUUACUCUAAGAAUGAAAUGGUCUCAGCUAGCGCGUUAUACUCUAUCAACUUGUUUGUUUUUUAUAAUCAUAGUAACUGCAGGGCUAAUAGUUUUUCGCCCACUGUAGUUUGCUCUAUAUGUGAAUUUUUAUU